UAUGCGUCUACCACGUGGAGUUCGAGGCCGAGGUCGGGCCCGGGGCCGGGGUGUGCUUCAGGACGAGUCUGAGGCUGCUGAGGUUAUGCGUCCACUGCCUCGAGUUCGAACUCGAGGAGGCCGAGAUCAGGGCCGGAGCCGGAGCCGGGGCCAGGCCGAAGUGCAUUGUCAGGAAGAGGAACAUGCUUUUGUCGAUGACAUACCUUUGGGUGAGGUUAUGCGUUCACUGCCUCGAAUUAGAACUCGAGGAGGCAGAGGUCGGGGCCGGGGCCGGGGCAAGGCCAAAGUGCCUCGUCAGCAAGAGCAAGAUGCUGUCUUAGAGGACACACAUGAGGAUGAGGUUAUAGCACCGACAGAGGAACCGGUAUACUUUUUCCAAUUUCUUAAUUGCUUUCAAUUGUUUGUUUUAAAUCUUUAUUUGUUUUAUGAACAAUAAUAUGUAUUGUAUGGUGUUGCUCCAUACGUGUAGGUUAUAGAACAGCCACAGGA